CAACACAAGUCGUUUGUGACCAGUACGUUUGUCGCCUACCCACAUUGUGUGCAUUGUGCAAUAACUUAUAAUUUGUUCAUUUACUUCUCCAAUAUUUGUUUUGAUCAAGACUUUAUGGACUAAUGGCGGAUCAUUUAGCAGAACGCAAACCAGGCUUGGUGACGGUGGAACUGAACAAAACGAUAUGGGAGGUGCCAAGUCGAUACACCAUUCAGAACCCCGUCGGGAUCGGGGCAUACGGCCAAGUCGUGUCUGCCAAUGACAAGAACACAGGCAUGAAGGUGGCCAUUAAGAAACUGGCCCGGCCCUUCCAGACUCCCAUCCACGCCAAACGGACAUACAGAGAAUUGAGGAUGUUGAAACACAUGGAGCAUGAGAACGUGAUCAACUUGAUGGAUUGUUUCACGCCCGCUGUCAGACUGGAGGACUUCAAUGAUGUGUACCUGGUAUCCCCUCUGAUGGGAGCUGACCUGAACAACAUACUCAAGACACAGAGACUCAGCGACGACCACGUACAGUUCCUCGUCUACCAGAUCCUCCGAGGCCUCAAGUACAUCCACUCAGCUGGAAUCAUCCACAGGGAUCUCAAACCCAGCAACAUCGCUGUCAAUGAAGACUGUGAGCUCAAGAUUCUGGACUUUGGUCUAGCCCGGCACUCAGACGAGGAGAUGACGGGCUAUGUGGCGACCCGCUGGUACCGCGCGCCAGAGAUCAUGCUCAACUGGAUGCACUACAACCAGACAGUGGACAUCUGGUCUGUGGGCUGUAUCAUGGCGGAGAUGUUGAUGGGCAAACCUCUCUUCCCUGGCAGUGACCACAUUGACCAGUUGACCCGAAUCUUGAACCUGGCCGGCACUCCGAGCGAAGAACUCAUGAAGGAAAUCAAAAGCAAUGAUGCGAGAAUGUUCAUCAAGUCCCUGCCUGUGAUGAAGAAGAAAGACUUCAAGUCUGUGUUUCUGGGAGCUAAUCCUCUAGCCAUCGACCUGAUGGAGCGAAUGCUGGACCUGAACACCCGCACGCGUCUCAACGCCACGGAGGCGCUGGCCCACGAGUACUUCAAGCAGUACGCCGACCCCAACGAUGAGCCAGAGGCGGAGAAGUACGACCAGUCCUUUGAGGAGAUGGAGCUGGGCAUAGAGGAGUGGAAAAAGCGGGUCUUCAGCGAGCUAGAAAACUUCCAGUGUCCGGCAGAGCCGAUGUCCUAGUGUUUGUGUGGGCUCCAUCCAGUUUUUUUGUUUUUUUCACUUCUUAUUUUCCGUUGAGAAUCUAUGUAAUCAUGUUGGGAAGUGUGGUGGCAUGCUGAGAGUGUG